UUUGACCUGGAAAAAGUAGGAGGCUUUGCCUGAAGGAAUCGCUCCUACCAAUUUACAGUUCUGACUUGUCUCAGAGUUUCCCGUGUCUAGCCCUUUAUCUCUGACUCUUCGCUCUUCUCCCUCACCGGUCUCCUAGAUUCGCCUAGCGACUAGCGAGAUUAACCCUGGGGCUCUGAUCUUCGGCGAAAGAUUAGAAGCCGAAACGCUUCGGGAUUUAGGAGUGGUUCCGAGGUGGAGUACAUGGAUCUCGAAAAGCCAGAUCUUUCAGAGGAUCGCAAAGGGAGCGUUUCGCCCUCUUGCUCGAUCUGCCUCGAAUUUGUGCUCGAUCGAGGGGAGAGAUCAAUAGCCAAGCUGCAAUGUGGCCAUGAAUUCCAUUUAGAUUGUAUUGGGUCAGCAUUUAAUGCCAAGGGAGCAAUGCAGUGCCCGAACUGUAGGAAAAUUGAGAAAGGCCUUUGGUUAUAUGCAAAUGGACUUCAUUCGUCAACUGAUUUUGAUCUUGAUGGCUGGAUCACUGAGAAUAUUUAUGAUUUAAGUUAUUCAGAACUGCCAUUUGGAUUUCAGUGGUGUCCUUUCCGCGGGUUUACCAGACUAACAGCAUUGUUAGAGGAAGGAGACUCCCAGCCAAAUUCAUAUCACGACACUUCGGGCAGCAGUACAUUUUCAGAUCUCUCAAGCUCUUCUACAAGCUCGCAUGCUUGUCCUUACUUAGCUCUUCAUCAUGCCAUGAACGUUGCACAUUCAAGUACUUCUGUCUCUGUUUCAGAGAAUUCUCCAUUCCAUCGGACAAAUCUGGGCGUACAAUCGUCAGUUGAAAUGCUUAACCUCCACAAUUUCUCUUCAACUGAGGCACAAAACUCCAAUUGGCCACAGCAAUCGCCCUCACCUUCCAUGUCUUUGGUUGGAAAUUCUGAUCAUUCUACGUCUCUUUAUGGUAUCAGGUUUUCUAGGAAUGAUACAAGUAAUCAGCAGAGGUUAGGAUCUUUUGUACAAGCACAUCCCCUUCUACAUGGGUCCAUUGCACCCCGAAAUGGAAGUAAUCUAGUAGCUUCAUCAAUGGGGCCGCCGAUCAUAGGGGAGGUCAGGGCCCAUGCUAGAAGCCACGGGCAAGCGGUUUCUUCAUCGUCUAACCGGGCUGCUCCUUUUGCUGCACCUGUAAGGAGGCCGAGGUCAAGGGGUGUAGCUCUCGUAUCGGCCCCAUCAUCGGCCGAUAUAAGUGGAUUAUACGGAGUUUCUGUUUCCAACUCCACAACCAGAAGCCACCAAGAUUCAGAUAGGCAUUUUGAUCGCUACUAUGGCUGGGGUAGAGAAACCUUCACACCUCUUCCAUGGAUCCCUCUGGAAGGUGAAUCUCAGUGGUGGAGUCCCUUCAACCCUAACCAACCUCCUCAAUCUGGGAGUUUUCUUCAGCGAGGUGGCGCUUCCGGUGACAGAAUUACUCAGAAUCAUUCGGAAAAUGGUUAUCAUCAGCGAAUGCCAUUGCCGCCUUGGAUGCCGCCGCCGCCGCCACCUCCUCCGUACAUGUAAUGAGCAUGAUGAGGUUUGAGAUCUCUCUUCCUGUUCCUUGUCAAUGUCUCCCUCCCAUGUUUUUACAUGAAAACUGCUUUAUUUGAAUGCGGGGGACCGAAAAACUUUUGCGUGAAGAUUUUUGAGAGAAUUUCAUUAUCUUUCUAUUUCUGAAGAACAAAGAGCUGGGAUGUAAGAGCUUAGCUUGCUAUUUAGUUGCUUGGCAGGAGAACUGAAUGUUUAUUUAUCUUUCCUGUUCGAUGUAUAAAUUGGAAUUAAAUUUAAAUUUUGAUUUGGUUUCCGAAUUAUUUUUAA